UACCUUGCGCGAGAUAUAGCGGGCCCGAGUGAGAAGGCACGAGGCAGGGCAGAAAGAGACGCCGUGGAACGGUGUUGUGCCGUUUCACAUGUCUCAACAGUAAAUUGGAAUGUCGGUUUGGUGCUUGCACAAUUCCGAACAAUGGCUGAUGAAGAUUUUGACGGAGAUGACGUCGCGGAUGACUUCGAUGAUGUAGAUGACGAAGAUAACAUUGAGUUGGAACCUCAGGAAGAUGAAGGUGAGAAUAUCGAAUUAUUGAAUCCUACUGAAGCUACUGGUGGUGUGGAAAGAUCAACCAGAAUAACUACAAGAUAUAUGACAAAAUAUGAAAGGGCUAGAGUUUUAGGAACAAGAGCACUACAGAUAGCCAUGUGUGCUCCUGUAAUGGUAGAACUGGAAGGAGAAACAGAUCCAUUACAAAUUGCCAUGAAAGAAUUGAAGCAAAGGAAAAUUCCCAUAGUUAUACGCCGUUACCUGCCUGACAACAGCUAUGAAGAUUGGGGCAUUGAUGAAUUAAUCAUAAUAGAUCAUUGAUCUUAGUGUGUACUU